AUGGUUGAGAAAAUGGAUUCACAAGUACCGGUUGAGCCCGUGGUUUCUUUUACCAAGGAGAACUUGGAAGACAAAAACGAGCAUGUCUUGACGACAAUUGUCUCACCUGGUGGCAAGGAGAUAAAGGUCACAAAUAAUGUUGAUGUAGCUAUGGAAUUUGCCAUACAACAUAAAGGUGAAUUUAAAGAAUUAGACCUGGUCACCGAUAAGAGAAUUUUACGAAAGAUUGACACGUUCUUACUUCCAAUAUUGUGUUUGUUGUACUGUUUUCAGUUCAUGGAUAAAUUAACUACCAGCUACAGUGCAAUAUUAGGAUUGAGAGAAGAAUUGGGCAUGGUGGGGGAUAUGUACAGUUGGACAGGGACAUCUUUCUACAUUGGGUACUUGGCUUUUGAAUUUCCUGCAUCGCUAUUACUUCAAAGGUUUCCUGUAACAAAGACGGUUGGUGCAUUUAUAAUUACAUGGGGCACAAUCCUUGCCUUAUGUUCAGUUCCAAGUUAUCCUGGCUUCAUAGCUUUGAGAACGAUUUUGGGUAUGCUUGAGCUGUCGGUUACCCCUGCUUUUGCCAUUAUCACCUCGCAAUGGUACAAGAAAGACGAACAAUUCUUAAGAACUGCUUGCUGGUUUGCCUCCAACGGGUUUGGCACUAUUAUUGGUCUGUCUAUUGCAUAUGGGUUGUAUGGAAAUCAGGAUAGCUAUAGUUUACCUGCUUGGAAGUUGGUAUUCGUAGUCACUGGUGUGUUGACAAUCUUUUUGGGGUUUGUUAUCAUGAUACACAUACCCGACACACCAACUAAAGCGUGGUUUCUUACGGAAGAGGAAAAGCUUUUGGUUGUGGAAAGGAUUAGGUCUAACCAGCAGGGUUUUGGUAAUCCAAGAUUCAAAAAAGAACAAUUCAUUGAAGCGUUAACCGAUCACCGGACGUGGUUAUUCUUUUUCUUUUCUGUAUUUCAGAUGAUUCCCAAUGGCGGAAUUACGAGUUUUGGGACAAUCUUAUUGAAUGAGCAAUUUGGAUUUGACACAGGAACAUCACUCUUGAUGUAUUUCCCAUCAGGUGGGGUUGAAGUUAUUGGAUGCAUUGGGUUCGCAUGGGCCUCGAGAUUCGUCAAAUCUCGUAUGUUGGUUGCAAUUUUUUGUGGAUGCCUCACAGUUAUGGCAGGAUCUUUAUUAGCAUUUGCGCCUACAAAUGAAGGAAAGCUUGCUGGACUUUACUUGUACGACCUUAGUAUUGUUUGUUUUAUUUGUAUAUUGUCUCAAGUUGCUUCAUCCGUUGCUGGUCACACAAAGAAGGUUACCGUGAAUGCUAUAUUCUUGAUUGGGUACUGUGUUGGAAACUUGAUUGGACCACAAACAUUCAUUGAUAGUCAAGCACCUACAUACGCUGGGGCAAAGAUAGCAAUUGUUGUAUGUGGUACAAGCGCACUUGUAUGUUUGGUUGCUAUAUACCUCUCUUACUACAGGGAGAAUAAGAGACGUGACUCGUUGCCCCCAGUGGACAUGAGUCAUAUCGAGAACUACGAGUUUGCCGACUUGACAGACAAGGAGAAUCCUAAUUUUAGAUAUGCACUUUAG